CCGAAACAAAACACACUCGAAACAACCAACGAAACCGUAAAAAUCGAGCUGAUCACAAGAAAACGAAGAACCAGAGACCAAGGGAAAUAAAAAUUAGAAAGAUAGAUUCUCGAGGACAUCGUUUCGAUCGUUUCAAGAAGAAGUCACCAAGAUUUUGGAUCAUCGAUAUCAUUUGUUCGUGAUUUCGGUUGAUUCGACCGGGAGAUUUUUCGUGAGAUCGAGGAAUUUGAAAGGAUCGAGGGGACCGUGAUUGAAAGAGAGUCGAAGAACCGAGUGCCUUGUUCCCUCCCCUCGAGUUUUGUUUUACGUUUCGCGGGACGAACGUACGGUACCCGCCCAUUGGGGCGGCUCCUGCCCGCGAGAAUCAUCCGCACGAGCAUUUUCUUCGCGUCCAGAGCACCGUGACCAACGGUACACCAGGAUGUUUUCGUCCUCGAGAGCUUUCCCGCCGCUCCUCUUCGCGGCGCUCUUCGCCUGCAUCGGAGUCGCACACGGGAUAAGAUGUUACAAAUGCGGUCAGUACAACGAGGGAGUCGGCAGUAUCACGCCCUGCAUCAAUUAUACCGCUCAAAUGCAUCUGAAGGACUGUCCACCCUCGGCCGAAUGGUGCAUCAAAUACGUGAGCGAGGGGUCGACAGUGCGGGACUGCGUGCCGACGUGUGUGGAAAAGGAGGCCUGGAGCACGAGAACGUACUGUUGCCAGCAAGACGGAUGCAAUUCCGGGCCCUCGUUGACGUCGAGCAGCGUCUUGGUCGUCGUCGUGGUCGCGAUGACCGUUCUUCUGGUCGGGCGGACCAUUCGUGGCUAAUACGUCGCUAGAAGCGACGAAAUACCCGCGAACGGAAGCACCGGGAUCCAUCGAACGCGAGAACA